UAAAUUUGGGCGCUCUCGGUACCACUCCUGGCUCAAACUUCAUUCGGUUAACAUCCAGUGGCACCAGACGAUCGACAAUGGCAGACCUCAGCGGCAAGGAUGUCGAAAGGGCAGAAUUCGCCUUCUCCAUUUAUGAUAGCGACGGCACCAACGUCAUCGACGCUGUUGACCUUGGCAACGUCCUUCGUGCGUUGAACUUGAACCCAACGAAUGCCACCAUCGAGAAGCUGGGCGGCACGAAGAAGAAGGGUGAGAAGAAAAUGAAACUGGACGAAUUCCUCCCCAUCUUCAGCCAAUGUAAAAAAGACAAGGAACAGGGAUGCUACGAGGACUUCCUCGAGUGUUUGAAACUAUACGACAAGCAGGAAAAUGGAACCAUGCUCGGCGCAGAGUUGUCUCACACGCUUCUGUCGCUUGGUGAACGUCUGAAUGACGCGGAAUGUGAUGAAGUGAUUAAGGACUGCAUGGACCCAGAGGACGACGACGGUUUCAUCCCCUAUGCCCCCUUCUUGAAGAAGAUGAUGGUGCUGUUGUAAGCGAUCGAGGUGUUAUCGAGACAAAUGAUCAUCCAUCCGUUCCUUCGUAAGCUGUGCGAGAGAGCGGCGGCGGCGGCUGACGACAACGAAUGAACAACAAGAUCGCCGGUGCUAUCGGCAUCCACCCGCUACGCUCCAUAUCAACGAAGGACACACAUUUGCCAUAUUCGUUCGUCACAUUCGCUAUACUUCUCAUCCCCCCGGUUCUCGUUCAUCGCGCGAUUACUCAAUUCACGAUUUGCGUGCGAGUCGCAAUCCGAUUUUCAAAUCAGCAUCGCCGAGACGUCCAACACAUUUCAAUACGGUAGAGGAAGCAGGAAAGAAGGAAAAUCCACGAACAUCGAGCGCAAAAAGGAAAGGGAAGCAAUAUACGACGACCGUGACAUUUCGUUUCGAG